AUGGACCUGUGCUAUAGCUCGACCUCCGUCAUGUCCCUCUCGUCCGCCGCCUCGUCCGCCAAGGAGCGCCUCUCCGGCCUCGUGUCGCACCUCACCCCGCGCGGCAAGGCCGCCCUCCUCCAGAAGAACCCGGACGACGUCGUCAUCGUUGCCGCCGUGCGCACCCCGAUCACGCGCGCCAAGAAGGGCGGCCUCAAGGACGCGUGCCCCGAGGACCUCCUCAAGGCCGUCUUCGAGGGCGUCAUGGACCGCUCGGGCGCCAGCAAGGACCUCGUCGAGGAGAUCCAGGUCGGCAACGUCCUCCCGCCCGGCGGCGGCGCCACCGUCGCCCGCAUGGCCCAGCUCGCCGCCGGCUUCCCGACCACGUCGUCGGUCGCGACCGUCAACCGCCAGUGCUCGUCGGGCCUCGUCGCCGUCAACCACAUCGCGCUCCAGAUUGCCGCCGGCCAGAUCGACAUGGGCAUCGGUGCCGGCGUCGAGUCGAUGACCCAGGGCUACGGUGCGGGCGCCAUGCCGGAGAAGAUGUCGGACAAUGUCCUCGAGAACCGGCAGGCGGCCGACUGCCUCCUCCCCAUGGGCAUCACGAGCGAGAACGUCGCGACCGAGUACAAGAUCUCGCGCGACCAGCAGGACGCGUUCGCGGCUACGUCGUUCCAGCGCGCCGAGGCGGCGCAGAAGGCCGGCAAGUUCAAGAGCGAGAUUGUGCCCGUCCGGACCAAGUGGACCGACCCCAAGACGGACGAGGAGCGCGAGAUCACGGUCACCGAGGACGACGGCAUCCGUGCCGGCACGACCAAGGAGAGCCUGAGCAAGCUCAAGCCCGUCUUCUCCAAGACUGGCAGCACGCACGCCGGCAACGCCUCGCAGGUCUCGGACGGUGCCGCCGCUGUCCUCCUCACGCGCCGCUCCAAGGCGCAGGAGCUCGGCCUCCCGAUCCUCGCCAAGGUGUGCCACACGGCCGUCGCCGGCGUCGAGCCCAAGCUCAUGGGCAUCGGUCCCGCAUUCGCCAUCCCCAAGGUGCUCGAGAAGACGGGCCUGACCAAGGACGACGUCGACCUGUACGAGAUCAACGAGGCGUUCGCGUCGCAGGCCGUCAUGUCGAUCGAGCACCUCGGCCUCGACUACGCCAAGGUGAACCCGAACGGUGGCGCCAUCGCGCUCGGCCACCCGCUCGGCUGCACCGGUGCCCGCCAGAUCGCGACUGCGCUCGCCGAGGCCAAGCGCUCGGGCGCCAAGGUCAUCUGCACGAGCAUGUGCAUCGGCUCCGGCAUGGGCGCGGCGAGCAUCAUCGUCAACGAGCAGUAGACGCUGCCCUCGUUCCCCAGCUUCUUCCCCUCCCCUUCAUCCUCCUCAUUGGGUUUACCUCCUCGACCUCGACAAGUUCUCUCUGCAGUGCCCUGUGUAACGCGCGAAUGUGUUGCUUCCCUC